UGUAAGAAUCAUAUCUCAGAGCGGUGUCACCAUCAGGCCGAAUCUUGUUAUCAAUUACAGAUUUACCGACGCACACAACUCAAACAAUUGUCACGCGCUUAAAUCAUUUUGAAAUGACGAUAAUAAUAACAACAAACAAGUUGUACCUUUAACACUUGUGGGGGGAGUGCGUUUAUGCGUACGACUGAUAGUUAAAAUAGAAAGAGAGUGAGGGAAAGAAAAAGGAAUAGGGGACAGAGUACGAUUGCGCGCGCGGAUCCAGUACUCAGAUAAUAAAUGAAUCCCGCGCGGUGAAUAGACGCGAAUGAGCGGGAGUUCAGAACAGACCGUUCCGAGUGUACGAAACGGUGAGUUUGGUUGUUGUACCUGAACUUAGUGGAUUUUUAACUCAAAUUAAUCACCAUUAUAUUAGUUGAUUAAAUAAUUAUAUCUGUCUGUUGAUCAAUUGAUAGUUAAAUUAAAGAAAGUGUUUGAAUUUUUUUUAUUCAGAAUUUAUUCAAAGUUUAUUUUAGUUGGAAUUAUUAUCAGAAGUCAUGUGAUUAAUGUUCACUUAACUUUAUUGAACUAUAUAAACAUAUAUUAUGAUAUUGAAAUAAAGAUUUUAAUUAGUUGAUGAAUAAAAGUCAAUUUUUAUAUGAAAUUACCAAGCCAUUUGAGUGAAAAAAUAUUCAAGGAUUAGAGGUGUAAUAAUUAUAUAUAUCAUAUAAAACAAAUUAUAGCCUACAUCUUUAUAUGCGUGUGUGUAUAUAGAUUUGAAAUACUUGGGGAUCGAUAAGUGAUAGUGAAACCGAAAGGGUGAUCGGUACAAAGUUCUCCUAAGCAAUGAUCAUCAACAACAGGAUUAAUCUGUGAUUAUUAAGUGUGUUCUAUUGUGUUUUCAUUUUUUUUCUCAAACAUAUCUAUCUACGUAACAUUUAAGUGAAUAUCAUACUAGUGUUUUUUUUUUUAUUCACUACACACGUAUAUCUCGAAAUACAAAUACGUAUCAAGUGUUAAAUAAUCAGGAUGAUACGAUCGAUAAUAAUUACACUACGGGCAAGAUUAAAAGACGAGUGACCAAAAUUAGUGACAAUUAAAUAUAAUUGGAUUAUAUAACAGUGAAAAAAAGUAAAUAAAAUAAAAAAUAGCGGCGCUAUACGCCGCCAUUGUGAUAUGUGACAGAUGAGUUUGACCAUAGUUCAUUAAAAGCCAGGAAUAUUUCGUAUAUGUACUCGCGCGCGAAAUUCAUUCUGGAGCACGAAGACAAGCACGGUCACCACGGCGUUCAACAUGUUCGAGAUGUGGAGCGCGGUGAGUUCCAAGUUGGAACACUCCGCGACCUCCUCGGGUUCGCCGCUACCCCUAACGUCACAUACACCCCAGACGCCUCAUACGUCUUCAGGCAGCAUAAAAGCCCAGAUAGAAAUAAUCCCCUGCAAGGUUUGCGGAGACAAAAGCAGUGGCGUUCACUAUGGUGUAAUCACAUGCGAGGGUUGCAAAGGCUUUUUCAGAAGAUCUCAAUCAUCAGUUGUCAACUAUCAGUGUCCAAGAAAUAAAAAUUGUGUGGUAGAUCGCGUUAAUCGAAAUCGGUGUCAAUAUUGCCGGCUUCAAAAGUGCCUACGGCUUGGGAUGUCCAGAGAUGCCGUUAAAUUUGGGCGUAUGUCAAAAAAACAAAGGGAAAAAGUUGAGGACGAAGUGCGAUUCCACAGGGCGCAAAUGAGAGCAGCUUCUGAAACAGCACCAGAUAGCAGUGUUUUUGAACAUCAAACCCCGAGCAGCUCGGAUCAACAUCACUCCUAUAACGGCGGCUACACGUAUGGUGGCAGUGAAUACGCAUCUCCAGGCCCAGGGACAGGAGGCUCCGGAUACUAUAAUCAUCAAGCAAUCACUAACUACGAACUGAGUGCAGAUUACGUCGAUAGUACGACUGCCUACGAUCCAAGACCAACCCAAAAUCAAGUGGACCCAGUUGCUCCAGACACUCCUUCUGUUACGGCCGGUGCAGUUAUGGCUAACGUCGUCACUACAGGAAAAUCCUUAUCCGCUUCAACGACCGGAAGUGGAACAGGUGGAAGUAGUGGAGGAGGAAGCACUGGUAGCGGCGGUGGUGGUGGAGGUGGUGGCGGUGGUAAUAGUAGUAGCAAUAACGGUACUGGGAGUAGCAGUGGAAAUGGGGGUAGUGGUUCCGGAAAUGGUGGUUCUUUAAGUGGUGGGGGAAUAGUUGCUGUUAAACAAGAAACGACGAUUGAACUCGCUAACCUUGGUCAUGGUUCUUACACGAUGGUGGACUCGACAACAUUUCUUAACAAUCAACAACAAAGAGUCAACAAUCCACCCGAAGAUGAUGAAGCUCAUAAUCUGCCCAGUAUGUCCCAUGCAAGAUAUCCAGCACAAAUCAGCGAGUUGCUGUCAAAAACGAUAGCAGACGCGCAUGCGAGAACGUGUCUACUUACGACAGAACAGAUUCAAGAAGCGUUCCGCAAGCCUCAUGAUCUUAACAGGUUGAUAUAUUACAAGAAUAUGGCACACGAGGAAUUGUGGCUUGAAUGUGCGCAAAAAUUGACUACUGUUAUUCAACAAAUCAUCGAAUUUGCUAAAAUGGUUCCGGGCUUUAUGAAGUUUUCACAGGAUGAUCAAAUUGUCCUCCUCAAAGCCGGUUCUUUUGAAUUAGCUGUGCUACGUAUGAGCAGGUACCUAGAUCUCCAACAAAACUGUGUCCUAUACGGUGAUACAAUGCUGCCCCAGGAUGCAUUUUACACAACAGAUACUGCAGAAAUGAAGCUCAUCUCGUGUGUUUUUGAGCUUGCGAGAAGCAUAGCUGAGCUUAAACUCACAGAAACUGAACUUGCACUUUACAGUGCGACAAUUCUCCUUAGUCCUGAUCGACCAGGAUUGAAAGGCCAGAAUGAGAUAACAAAACUCUCGCAAGCUGUCAUCACAGCACUGAGGUCUGAGCUUGAACGAAAUCAUAUAUUGCCGAUCAAAGGUGAUGUGACGGUAUGUGAUGCAAUGCUUGCUAAAAUGACCCAGCUGAGAGAAAUCUCACAUCUACAUAUGGACGCCCUCGCCAAGUUCAAGCGGUCGCAGCCACAUCUUGAAUUUCCGGCCCUCCACAAAGAGCUAUUCAGCGUCGAUAGCUGAACAGCCGACGUGGAACAGGGCGACCCGACGCUAAUAGACGACGUGCAACACGAGUGAUAUAGGGUCUUGCUCUGUCAAGAUUAUUUCCUUCGUAUUGAACAUAUUGGGCCUUACGUAAACAUAACAUUGUUAUAUAUGAAGUAUACAUAAAAACAACAUAAAAUAUAUAAAUAAAAUAUAGAAGUAUAUAUAAAUAAAAAAUAUACAUGUGUACGUACUGAAAAAUGAUGAAUAAUUGAUGAGUACAUAUACAUGUGUAUAUAAAAUAGAGCUAUUGGUUGUUAUGGUACAUACACAAAGUAUAUUAUAUUGACUAAUAAUGGUUGAAUAUUUUGUAAGGAUGGUCCUGAGACAAGAAUUCAAGAAAAAUGUUCGUUUAUGCGAAUGGGAGCUCGAUUGUUGGAUAUUUUACAUUCUUUGAUGGUGAUAGACUAAUUAAAUAAAUUAAAUAAACUGAGUGCUCAUAGACGAUAUAAAAUAAUCAUUGUAGUGAUGUCCUUGAAAAGGACUUAUGUUGGUGCGAGGACGUUAAACGUAAAGCUUUUUUGUCUCGGGACUGUUCUAAUGAAUUAAUUGACACGAGGACACGUAGUUAAAUUUAACUGAGAUGAAUUUAACGGAUUAACGUUUUGGUUAACGCACUUUAUCGAUGCGCUUCUUUAAAUACGUAAAUAUUACUUCCCCUGUGCCCUCACACAUUGUAUAGAACAAUUUUAUCGUUAUGUUUUCCCUAUAAAAAAUUAUUAUUACUAUUAGCUAUUAUUAUUAUCAUUAUUAUUACUACUACUACUAUUAUUAUUAUUAUUAUUACUAUUAUUAUUGAUAAAAAAAUUACAAGAAAAUUCUAUAAAUAUAAUUGUAAAAUAAAAUUUAUAUAAAAUUUUAUUAAUUAGUUAACUUAUUGUUUUGUUAUGGUGAAGAAAACCGUGGCAGAAAUAAAAAAUAUAAUUGUAUAAAUUUCAAAUUGGAGGAAAAAAUUAAUAAGUAAUUUUGAAUUGACUCAUUUUAUAAAUGAUAUAAGAAAAAAUCUUAUAAUAAUUAAUUGAUAAGGUAAAGAAAAUUUUUAAAUAAAAUGCAAAUGCAUAAUAGUUGCAGGGCAUUAAGACUGGAAGUAAUAUUUGCACGUUCGUACAAAUAUAAAAAAUAUUAUUAUUAUUAAUAAUAAUGAUAAUUAAAUGAUGUUUAAAAUGUGGUGAAGGAUAAUAGAAAGAUUAUGUAGAUAGUGAUUUAUGAAAGAAAACUGAUGCAGUUAAUGAAUUUAAUAAACAGAUUAAAUGAAAUUAAUUCGAUUUGAUUUAAUUAAGUGUAACGAAUUACAUAUGAGUUAAAACUUGAGCUGAAAGCCACGGUGCGCAAACUGAUACGUUAAUGGUUGAUUAUUAGAAUGAAGACGUACUAUUAUUAUAUUGAUGAAUAAAUAACAAUGUUUAGGAUUCAUUUGAUUCUAGAGAAAAAAAAACACUUGCUCCCACUUGCAGAAACACGAAACACUCGAAUCUACGUAAGUGCCGUAAAAAUGAAUAAUUAAAUAAUUAAGUAAUAAUAAUAAUAUCAAUAAUGAUGAAAAUAAUAAUAGUAAUAAUUUAUAUUCAUAUUAUGAGUAAUAAUUAUUCUAAGUAUAAUUAUAAUAAAAAUUAAUAAUGGUAAUAAGUAUAUUAUUAAUAAGAACGAUAUUGAUAAAAACAAUUAAUAUUAUAAUUGAAUACGAAUUACGUAGAAUGAAAAGAAAUCUAACAAAACUUAGGUUACAAGUUACAUACACCACAAAAAUUUAGACAUAUACACACCUCACAUGUUGCAACUAGAAGUUAUUAUCGCAAUUUGGAGUUAAAUUUUAUAAUAAUAUAUAAUAAACAAAAGUUGACGGAUAAUAUAAUAAAAGUUAUUAUAUUCAAAUGAAAACCUAGGGCGACGGUGGUCGUUCGCUGAGAGUCACGUGGGUCUUAUUUUUAUUUUUCUUUCUAGAUUUAAAUAAUUUUUUUAUUUUCUAUUUAUAAUUUAAUAUUAUAUUAUAUAGAGCAUGUUUAAUAUUUUUAUAGCAAUUUAAUGUUUAACAUUUUAUAUUUAAUUUUUUUUAAAAAGACUAUAUGUUAAACGUGACCACCAAGACUUUCAGCAACGUUUUUUAACCUUUUCCCCUGUGUCCAAUAUCCGCAUUUAUACGUAUGUCCAAUGGAGAAUCAUUUAUUUAAUUAUUUUUAAUUAAUUCAUAAAUCAUUUUUUUUUUUGUUAUUGUGUAUACACACGUUAAGAAAUUUUUCAGUAUAAAGAUUAUCACCAUUUCGGACCUUGUUCUCACUGAGAAAAAAAUAUUUUUUUGAUUUAUUAUUUAUUUUAAUAAAAUUGUGUUCUUUAUGUUAUGGAUUAUUCAUGCGUUAGUAAGAAAAAUAAUUUCUAUUUUAAAGAAUGAUACUAUAUGUUUUCACUAGAUUAAUCAUUUUCAAUUAACAAUCAGUUUUAAACACUUUAUUUUGUAAGGACUAAUUAAACAUUCGUGCGAAAUAUAUAUUAUAAAAACGAAAAUUAUGAUUUAUUUAUAAUUUAUAUUUUUCAGUAAAUAAGAAUUGUUAAAAAUUUUUCAAAAUAUAUUUUAUUAAAUAUUUAAUUUAUUGUGUAUUAAAAUUUCUUUUUUUUUUCUAUUAAAGUGAUUUUUUUUCUCAGUGUACUUCAUAACAAGUAUUUGCAUGAAAAUUUUUAUUUUCAAUUGAUCUAAUAAAUAUGUAAUAAAAAGUUGUUAUUUAUCGUAUGAUCUAUGUAACUCUAUAGUUUACGAACACACAUCGCCCUCGCAGGAUUUUGCGUGCGCGCAUCGAAGUUAAUUUAGCUUUAAGAUAAUGAUAUUUAUAAUAAACAAUAAUACAAUUACACCGUUAAGUCCCUCAUCACACAAGUCUUCCGUGUGUUCGUGUUCAAAUGGGGACAAUGAAAACUUGACAUGUCGAGUGUUCAUGAAAGUAAAGAAAAUAAAAAAAUAAAAAAUUGAAAAAAAAAACAAUAAUUAUAUGAACUUAAAAAAAUAACACCAGCAAUAUGUGUUCUCUAAUAGUACAGCUGUGAUGUGGAUAAUAUCGGUUGCUAUUAUUAAUAAAAUGAGGGAAUAGACUAAUUAUGAUGUGUACCUGUUGAGAAAACUCUAAAUGGAAAUGAAAGGAGAACCAGUGAAUAAAUAUUGAAAAUAAACAAAUGAAUUUAAAUAAAAAAACAUAAUUUUCGCAUUAUAAAUACAACACGGACGCACGGAGACAAUCGUGAAAAUUUGACUGGUGAAGAGGAAAAGUAAUACCUUCGGGCUUAGAGUCUAAGACUUAGCCCUUAAUUUUGCAUUAUAAACAUAUUUAAACCGAAAUGAAUAGAUCUUCACAAGAGAGAGAGAGAGAGAAAAAAAAGUGAAAGAUAUAAGAACAGUGAAAAACAAAUACAAACAUGUAGAGUACUAAUUUAAUGAAUUAUUUUAUCAAUAAUUAAGAAGAUAUUAUUUAAAUAUAUUACGUAAGUAGUUACAUUUGUAGAGACUUACGAACAUGUGUGAUCAACGGGAAUGAGUGCGAUGAAUUAGUGAGUGAAUGAAUUAAAAAAAUAAAAACCAAUAAUAAAGAAUGUAAAAAUAAAUUAAAGAAUCAUGUCUAUGAAAUGAAAAAAUGAUUUAUAAAUAAAAAAAAAAAA